UGGUCAAUUCUUUUCAGCUCUCGGGUUCGGAGGGAGGGUUUAAACACGGAGGUUCGCGUGCUACCGUCAAUCAACUCUGCGGCUUCUGAGGAGCAGAAGGUGCUUCGUCCCUCACCAGUUGUCCCUCCUCUCUUCCUGCCAGUCCGCUAUGGCUCCUGACGUCCACAGGUUGGUAAAAUCCGCCUGGCUGCCGCUGCUGUCCGUCUUGUUGCUGUGUGAAGCUCUGUCCGUCCGCUGGACGCCAGGGGACUAUGCGGACUCCGCCUCGGAUGCCCUGAGGUUCCUCAGUGACUACAACAGCACCGCAGAGGAGGCGCUGUCUUACAGCCAGUCCGCCAGCUGGAACCUCAGCACCAACCUGACGGAGUUCAACUCCAGACUGCAGGUAGCUGCAAGCCUUGUGUAUCAAAAUUUCUCAGAAGCCUGGGGAAUGAAGGCCAAGCAGAUCUUCUCUAAGGAAGUACUUGCAUCUCUUUCUGAGAAGGACAGAAGGCUGAUUACUAAUGUCAAGUUUCUUAGUAGUGCCAACCUUCCACAGGUUGAGCGAGAGGAGUAUAACACCAUCCUGAACACCAUGGAGAACAUUUAUUCAACAAGUAAAGUGUACCCUCUGCCAAAUGUUACCUGGAACCUGGAGCCUGAGCUCUCUGAAAUUCUGGCCAAGUCCAGAAGCUACAAGAAACUCCUCUUUGCUUGGGAGAGCUGGCACAAUGUAUCAGGUGUCCCUGUUAAGGGGUACUAUUCCAGGUUUGUGGAGCUCAGCAACAAAGCCUCUCAAGGGGACGGCUUUAAUGACACUGGAGCUUCUUGGCGCUCUUGGUAUGAGAUGGAAACCUUUCAGGAGGAUUUAGAAAAGCUCUACGAGACGAUUGAACCACUCUACCUGAACCUGCAUGCCUUUGUGAGACGCAAACUCUACAACUUCUAUGGUCCCAAAUACAUCAACCUCGAAGGACCCAUCCCUGCACACCUGUUGGGAAAUAUGUGGGCCCAGUCAUGGAACAACCUCUAUGAGAUGAUGGUCCCAUUUCCUGCCAAACCUUUCCUAGACGUGACUGAUGAGAUGGUCAGACAGGGCUACAAUGCCACACACAUGUUCCGUGUGGCCGAGGAGUUCUUCACCUCUCUGGGUCUGAAGGAGAUGCCGCCAGAGUUCUGGGAAGGGUCGAUGCUUGUUAAGCCUGACGAUCGGGAGGUCGUGUGCCAUGCAUCUGCCUGGGACUUUUACAACCGCAAAGACUUCAGGAUUAAGCAGUGCACCACAGUGACCAUGGAAGACCUCUUCACUGUGCACCAUGAGAUGGGCCACAUCCAGUAUUACCUGCAGUACAAGGAUCAGCCUGUGGGCUUCCGUGAUGGAGCCAACCCUGGUUUCCAUGAAGCCAUCGGUGACCUUAUGUCACUUUCAGUUUCAACACCCAAGCACCUACAUGAGAUUAACCUGCUGGAGUCUGUGACCUCUGAUGAUGAAAGUGACCUGAACUUCCUGUUGAAGACUGCUUUGGAGACUGUUGCUUUCCUUCCUUUUGGCUAUCUUGUUGACCUCUGGAGAUGGGAUGUGUUCAAUGGAAAUAUUCCUCCAGAGAACUACAACUCUGCUUGGUGGAACCUCAGAACAAAAUACCAAGGAAUUUGCCCUCCUACCAGGCGUACAGAGGAGCACUUUGAUGCUGGGGCAAAGUACCAUAUCGCUGGAAACGCACCAUAUAUAAGGUACUUUGUUAGCGUCAUCCUGCAAUUUCAGUUUCAUGAAAAACUCUGUGAGGUGGCCAAUCAGACCGGCCCUCUGCACACAUGUGACAUCUACCGUUCCACAGAAGCUGGAGCCAUCCUGAAGAAAGUUCUGGAGGCAGGUUCUUCAAGGCCUUGGCCUGACGUGCUGCAGGAGGCCAUAGGCACACGGGAAAUAAAUGCCACCUCAUUACUCAAAUACUUUGACCCCUUAACAAAAUGGCUGGAAGAGCAAACCGCCAAGGAGACCAUUGGAUGGCCUGAUCUCGACUGGGUUCCACCUGUCCCUGAGGGCUACCCUGACGGUAUCGAUGCAGAAUUACAAACCUCAACUCUGUAGUGGCUUUGGUAACACCUCAUUUGACAGAAACGUUGCUCUGAUCACAUUUUGGCCACAUAAAAUGUCACCAUCUAAAAUGUUGGAAAUUCUGCUGAACUUGAAUUCUGGACAUCAGUAAAAUAAGAGUUUGUUGUCUCUUCUUCAAUGCUGGGAACAUGCCAUUAAUUAAAUUUCUACCAAUAGAAAUAACCUUCAGUGAGUUUUUGUUUUCCUACUAAAUAUAGGCAUCUGAACCAUUUAUUUUCCUCUUUAUGAUAAAUGAUCCAUGUGAACACCAGCGUCUUCAUCUAAAACCAAUACAUUGUAAUGAGGUAUGAGUGUGGUUCCAUUAUGAUAUAACAUCUAGAGCCUCCAACGCCUGAUUAAAACACUGAUUGGCUGAUAGAUGAACGUUAACAACAUGGCUGAAUUAAAUAUGAAUAUAUCUCAUGUAACUGUUUACAUGGUUGCUGCCAUUAUUUUUAAUGAUUUCCUGCAUAAACAUGUAUAUUCAUGUAUGGUAUUUAAUUUCUUACUUGAUGGAAAUUAAAAUUGCUAAAUUAUUAUUUGUUUUGACAUUAGCAGAAUAUGGAUAUACUGUCUUAUGUGUAUAAUGAAAAUGCAGCUAAUGACUCCAACAGCUCUACACAGGUGGUGUUCUUUAACAGCCUGUCGGUUCCAGAACGAUGACGCCCAGACAGAGGGACUGGCUGCUCAUUUCAUGCUUCCAGAUCAUGUGUUCUGAAGUGUGAUUUCAUUUAAUAUUUGGCAAAACAAUUUCCAUGAUGGAAGGAGUUGGUGCACACAUUGCAGGUCCACACUGGCAUUCCAUCUUCAAAGUCAACUAUUAAGCAACAUAGUACUGCAUUAUUCAAGCUUAAAUCAUUUUGAAGUCCCAUUAGCCAAACAGGUGUGUCUUUAUUGCAGAAUGUGGUGUUGCAGUAGUUUUAAGCUGAAGGAUGAAAAUGCAUGUGAUUUGAAUGUCUUUUUCUAAGACCAUAAUUUAAAAGACAUGAUUAAAAUGCAUUCUAGGUUU